UCUAAUCGGCGGUAGCGUCAACUCAAUCCAGUGUCUCCAAUCACUGCUUUAACGGCACUUUAGGACGCGAUGACAGAUCAGGAGAGUAAUGGUGACCCGAAAGAGACAUUUUCAAAUGGUGACACUUGUAUAUUCUGCAGAAUUGCGUCCAACAACACAGACACCGAAAUUGUACAUUGUAAUGAUGAGCUUGUCUGCUUCCGAGACGUGAAGCCGGGAGCCCCUCAUCACUAUUUAGUGAUCCCGCGAGAGCAUGUGGGCAACUGCAAGUCACUGAGAAAAGAGCACAUCCAGCUGGUGCUGCGGAUGGAGGAGAUGGCCAAGGCAGUCCUGCAGAUGAAAGGCAUAAGUGAUCUCCAAGACAUCAGACUGGGCUUCCACAUGCCUCCGUUCUCCUCGGUUCCUCAUCUCCACCUCCACGUUCUCGCUCCCGCCACUCAGCUGAGUUCCAGGUCCCUCCGGUUCUACGGACCGCAGUCCUUCUGGUUCCUAACAGUUGGGUCAUUGUUGCCCAUUACAUGCUAGCAUUGUGCUCAGUGAUGUAGUACUCGAGUGUGGUCUCGGACUCGACUCGGACUUGUUCCUUCAAAGACUUGCACCAUAGUGGGAGAAGGACUCUUUCAGGAGGAGAUUUCAGACCGAGUCCUCAAGACCAACGCAUUUUUUUAUGUUUAUAUUAAAAAACACACACAACACAUAACAACAACAAUAAUAAUAAAAUGCAAUGUUGACAGGCAUUAUUUGAAAAUGACAUCCGCAAAGAUACUGCCGUCUGUCUAUGGCGAUAGAAAAGUGCCAUAAAGCACUCGAGCGAUAAAACAUGCAUACGGGCAUACUAUAUUAUUUCACACAUUAAAACUCAUGCCAAACCAAUUUGCCUGUGCUCUCAAAAACAUUUAUACAAAUCCGUCAGCUUCAGUCAGUAGGUUGAAUUGAAGACCCAGAUGCAGAAGUAAAAGUGAUUUUUUUACUUGUAUAUCUUGAGCAUUACAGGUAACCACUGAAUUUGUGAAACUAAAAUAACAAAAACUAAUAUGUACUAAGCUAGUACAUAGUCAAUACAUAUUAGAUCACUUUAAAGACUGACAGAUGCAAAUACUGUAAAUAAAGGUAAUCAUCAAGGGGUCUGCUGGUGAACAAAGUCCUUGAAGUCAGAAGCUGCCACUGCUCAAUGACUUGUGCCUCAUCUGGUAGGAUUUCAAAAUGUUCCAGAUCUGAAAACAGAAAUAUUGGUAUAUGUCACAUCCUUGAACUUACUGCAAACUAUGAACAAGUGCUCACAAAUUAAGCUAAAGAAAUGCUCCCAAUAUUUAUAAUGAACAAACUCACACAACACUUAGCUGAAUGGGGACAGGACAGGCAUAUUCAACUAUGUCCUGUUUAUGCAGGCAAUAAGCAAAACCAAAUUUGGUGUAUUCAAAGUUCUGUAGAAUAACCAUUUCUUGUAUUUUUGUGUUUUCAGUGGAACAGUGUAAGCUCAUAUCUACACCCUAUUGAGGUAGUUAUUAACAGGUAGGCCAAGGUCCAGUCAAUCAAUAGCCAGUCACUGAUGCCAUAUUCUUUAAUUAUCCAAUCUGUAUUCAACCAAAACCUGCUGAUUUAAAGGCAUAAUACAACUACUUUCCAUGUGUGACUUAUGAAAAGAUGUAAUGACAAGUAUUGCACAGAUGUGCCCUGGACUGUUCACAAUAAAAGGCCACUCUAAAUGUC